AUGUUCCGGAAGGCAUUCAAACAUGACAACGUUCCGUUCGACCUUUACUACAAAUGGCCCCAGCUGUACAAACUGCGCAAGAACUGUAAGCUCCUCACCUUUGGCAACAACGGCUACAGUCGUCUUGGGUGGCUUUUUGGCAGCCAGGACGCCGCCUUGGAGAUACUGGACCACGGACAGAGCAAGAGACUGGUCAAGCCUGUGGAGCUGACUUUUGACGACGAAAACAUAGCAGACGUGACCGCAGGCGGGUUUUCCUUCUGCGUGCUCACCACCAGGGGCAACUUGUACUAUACAGGGCGCAAUUGGCACGGAAUGGCUGGCCUGUCGGAGCCGGGACCCAAAAACAGAGACUACAAUUUUGGCACCGAGCCACGCGCGGCAUACGAGCCAGGAAUAUGUGUGAAUAAAGUCCAGUUGCCAGAUAACACCAAGAUCAGCCAGAUCGGGUCGGGCAGAUCGCAUUUCAUUGGCCUCGACACCAACGGCCGGCUCUGGACGUGGGACAGCGUCGGCCGGCUGUGCAGGGGCGUCGAGCUGGAUCUCCACCUCGAGAACGGCGACAGGGUAACGGGCUCAAUCGAGCGAAUCCGCGCGGGCUGGUCGCUCAGCAGCUGCCACAUUCACAACCUCGGGAUCGCCGUCUGGAACCGUCGCGACAGCCUCGCUCCACACAGCGGCGAGUACGGGCCGGUGCGCGCUUACGUCAGCAUCAUCGACGGCACCGUGGCGAUCGACGACUACAUUGUGCUGGACAACUUUCUGAUCUACCUAACCGCGCAGGGCGAGCUGUACCGCGUGGACCUGCCCGGCGAGCUACCUCCGAGAAUUGGCCGCGGCUCAAAGCUCGCCAAGUUCCAGGAGUACGCGGAGAAACACUCGCAGUACGACAGCCAUAAGACCCGGUUUGUGCGGCUCAGCGGCUCGUUCAACAGGUUUAGCGCGAUCACCAACGACGACCAGGUUCUGCUGGGCGACAAGAGCUCGCAAGUGCCGCAGGUCUACCGCGAGCUGCAGUCUAACGGCGUGAUUUCCGUUGCCGUCGGGGACUAUCAUUUUUUGGCUUUGAAUAAAAAAGGUGAGCUGUAUGCCUGGGGCAGAGAGUCGCACAAGAACGGGUGUUUGGGGCUGGGGACGUUUUCUGCCGCGCUUUCUAUGCCGGGCGUGCGCCAGGACGGGAAUGACAUUGUUGUCGAGCAGCCGGUGCGUGUUCCUGUCAGCGGCCAGGUUUUGGCCAUUGCUGCCGGAGGGUGGCAGUCGGCAGCGUUGGUGCACGAAAAAUAA